AAGCGCGCCAAUUUCGGUUCUCUCUGGUUUCAGCUGCAAAAGUUCCCACUUUCUCUCUCUUACACAUCUCUCUCUCCCUCUCUCUCUCUCUCUCUCCCUCUCUCUCUCUCUCUCUCCUGCUUCUGAUCCCACAGCACCAGAAAAAUGCACCCCCUACCCAGAGACUCGAUCAGUCGCACGUAUUCUCACAAUUCGCUUUACUGUUAGGCGGAUCAGUAAAUCAGAAGCUUCUUAGUUUUUUUUUUACAGGGUUCCAAAAGAAGGAGAUCUGGAGAAGAUCAGUUUAUUUUCUUGUUAGGUUGAAAAUUUUAGGGGAUUUUGUUUGUUUUCUGGAAUUUGAUGAUAGGCCGGAGGAAAACAAGAACAGAUUGGCACCUAUGAAGACUAUUACGCGGAUGUUCGAAACGAAUAGGAAUAGGUGGUGGUUUCUUCCUAAGCUUUGCUUCAGAUGGAAUGGCAGAUCCUGUUAAUUAUGCCAAUCCUGAGCGCGACAUCGAGCAGGCACUCAUUACUUUGAAAAAAGGUAGCCAGUUAAUUAAGUACAGCCGGAAGGGGAAGCCGAAGUUUUGUCCAUUCAGAAUCUCUCCAGAUGAAACAACAUUGAUUUGGUACUCUCAUGGGCAUGAAAGGAAUCUGAAGUUAUCAUCUAUUUCACGGAUUAUCCCUGGACAGAGAACCGCAGUGUUUAGAAGAUAUUUGCGCCCUGAAAAGGAGUACUUGUCAUUCUCUCUUCUAUAUAAUAACGGUGAAAGGUCUCUUGAUUUGAUUUGCAAGGACAAAGUUGAGGCGGAGGUGUGGCUGGCAGGCCUGAAGGCUUUAACAUCUACAGGAACAAAUCGCAGUAGACGCACUCAAAGCGAUAUUUCUGAUCUACAUGCUGGUGGCGGCGAUUUCAUUCUCAGUGCUCGUCCUUUCGGUGCAACACUAGAGUACACUUCAAGUAUUGCCCGUGGUAGGGCGUCUGUUGAUUCCAGUUCCGGUGAGAGUUCUUUGAGUUUUCCAAGCUCAGAUGUUGGGUCUGAACGUGCAAAUAUGCAAGUAAGAACAAGUGUUGGAGGAGAUGGUUUCCGAAUUAGUGUUUCAAGCACCCCUAGUUGUUCAAGCCAAGGUUCUGGACCAGAUGACAUAGAAUCCUUGGGAGAUGUCUACGUCUGGGGAGAGGUCUGGUGCGACACAACUGAUGGAUCCAGAAGUCCAUAUCCUACAAAGCAGGAUGUGCUGAUUCCUAAACCUUUAGAAUCAAAUGUAGUUCUUGAUGUUCACCAAAUUGCUUGUGGUGUUCGACAUUUUGCUCUUGUUACAAGGCAAGGUGAGGUUUUCACCUGGGGAGAGGAAUCUGGGGGGAGACUUGGUCAUGGAAUUGAAAAAGACUUCAGUCACCCUCAUCUCGUUGAAUUUCUGGCUGUUACAAAUGUAGAUUUUGUUGCAUGUGGCGAAUAUCACACUUGUGCUGUAUCUACAUCUGGCGAUUUGUAUUCCUGGGGUGACGGUGCCCAUAAUGCCGGACUUCUAGGCCAUGGGACAGAUGUCAGCCACUGGAUACCCAAAAGGGUUUCAGGUCCUCUAGAAGGACUUCAAGUUUUAUCAGUUGCAUGCGGCACGUGGCAUUCCGCAUUGGUAACUUCUAAUGGAAAGCUCUUUACUUUUGGUGAUGGAACAUUUGGUGUCUUGGGUCAUGGUGAUCGAGAAAGUGUCCCUUAUCCAAAGGAAGUCCAAUUAUUGAGCGGAUUAAAGACUAUUAAGGUUGCCUGCGGAGUGUGGCACACUGCAGCCAUUGUAGAGGUCAUGGGCCAAGGAGGCGUCAAUGUCUCAUCCAGAAAGUUGUUUACUUGGGGCGAUGGAGAUAAAAACCGAUUGGGUCAUGGAAACAAGGACAUGUAUCUCCUUCCAACAUGUGUCUCUGCCCUUAUCGACUACAAUUUUCAUCAGCUAGCUUUGGGGCACAGUAUUACGGUUGGCCUUACUACAUCUGGGCAUGUCUUCACUAUGGGAAGUGCUGCUUAUGGUCAACUGGGAAAUCCACAGUCCGAUGGGAAGUUACCCUGCUUAGUACAAGAUAGAUUAGUAGGUGAAUUUGUUGAAGAAAUAUCUUGUGGAGCAUAUCAUGUUGCCAUUUUGACAUCAAGAAGUGAAGUUUUUACUUGGGGGAGAGGUGCAAAUGGAAGAUUGGGACAUGGGGACACAGAAGAUCGAAAAAAUCCAACUUUAGUUGAAGCACUGAAAGAUAGGCAUGUGAAAAACAUAUCUUGCGGCUCAAGUUACACCGCCACUAUAUGUAUUCAUAAAUGGGUAUCCGGAGCGGACCAAUCCGUAUGCUCCGGUUGUCGACAAGCAUUUGGCUUCACAAGAAAGAGACACAAUUGUUAUAACUGUGGAUUAGUGCAUUGCCACACUUGUAGCUCCAAAAAGGCUUUGAAAGCAGCAUUGGCACCGACUCCAGGAAAACCUCAUCGUGUCUGUGACUCUUGCUAUGCUAAACUUAAAUCUCCUGAGGCAGUUAAUCCCUCUUAUUAUAAUAGGAGAGCUACAACUCCUCAUCACUCAGUGGACAGUAGGGAGAGAUUGGAGAGAGGAGAGGUGAGAACUUCAAGGAUUUUGCUAUCUCCUACCACAGAACCUGUCAAGUACCUUGAGGUCAAAUCAGCAAAGGCUGGAACAAAGACCGAUUCCUAUUCUAUAGUCCGUGCUUCACAAGUUCCAUCACUUUUACAAUUGACGGACAUUGCAUUUCCAAGUUCACUGAGUGCUCUUCAAUAUGCCUUCAAGCCUCCGCCUCAACCGCACCCUCCACCUAGGUCGGGGGGCAAUUCAAGGCCUUCUUCUCCAUACUCGCGGCGACCAAGUCCUCCACGCUCUGCGACUCCUGUGUUUUCCAGGGGUGUGAUUGAUAGUCUGAAGAAGACCAAUGAUCUUUUGAGCCAAGAAGUGACAAAAUUACAAAGCCAAGUUAAAAGUUUGAAGCAGAAAUCAGAAGUCCAAGAUGCAGAGAUUCAAAAACUGCAACAGAAUGCUCAAGAAGCUACUUUCUUGGCUGAUCAGGAAUCUUCUAAGUUUUUAGUUGCGAAUGAAGUUAUGAAGUCAGUCGCAUCUCAGUUGAAGGAAAUAGCAGGGAAGUUUCCUCCUGAGAUGUCGAUGAGCAUAACACUUGAAGACAUUAAUGCUCAAUUUGAAACUUUUUUCCUGAGUACAAAUAGAGAUGCCGUGUCUGAAUCCCAUUCUUCCUUGCCAGCAGACUUGGCGUUUGACCAACGGAAUGAAUCUGCUAACAGGCAAUAUCAUAGAACGGAAGACAAUUUGGAUGUAACAGGAGUUAGUGACCCAUCACAAAAUGGUGAAGAUACUCCCCGGCAUAGCAAUAGAUCAUCCAAUAUCAGGGAAGCUUUACAUCUAGAAAGCAAUGAAAGUGCUACAAGAUCACCCAAAACUCCAAAGACCGAAGGACAAAGAGAAGUUAUUGAACAAUUUGAACCUGGUGUCUACGUAACUCUUAUUCAACUACAAAACGGUACAAAGAUCUUCAAGCGAGUUAGAUUCAGUAAAAGAAGGUUCGCGGAGCAGCAGGCAGAAGAAUGGUGGAUGGAAAACAAAGACAGGCUACUUAAAAAAUACAACCCGCCGGCUGCUAAUAGUGUCUCAGCUGGAUCAUCCUCAGUUCCAACUGCUUCUGAUGAGAAUGAUGAGGCAACCCCAUCUUCUUGAUCUUAGUUUUGAAGCUUAGGCUCCUCCAAUCAAAGCCUGACAAGUGGAAGUAGGAACAAUACACAAGCUCCUAUUAACAUGGGUCAACACAAGGAUCACCAUUAGAUGAUGGUCUCAUGGCAUAUUAUCUCUCAAUCAAUCCUAUCUGAUAUAUAUUAGAGAAUUGACUUUCUCAAGUAGGAUGACACGACAACAUUCCUUCUUAACAAUGAUAUUGAGAUGAUCUUUGUGUUUAGAGAAGAGAAGGUAUCAGAAGAAGAAAAGUUUAGUUGACCUAGAAGCAGACAAAUGUUGGCUGUCAUUUUCUCCUUUAAUUGUUUAUUCUCUUGAAGGGGUGCUAUUUCCAGUACCUGGGUAGUUAUAGUUUAGUUGUACAGAGGGAAGUGUUUUAGGGCAAAAUGUGAUGCUGUCGGUAGAGCUUUAUAUGCAACAGGAAUCAAUCAAAAGCCAUGGGAGUUGGAAAUGUCUGUUAAAAGACAGUGUACUGCUUUGUUGUGUUAUUCAGAGAUUGGUUUCAAUUAUUGUUUUUAAGUUUUGUUCACCUUUGUGUUGUGAUCCUUAGGUGCUUUCUCUAUGAAACAAA